AUGAGCGUACGCGCGCCGAGACGAUCCAACGCCGACGGUCUGUCGGAGAACGUGCUCAAGGCGAUUCUGGAGCCGAAAGGAUCAGUUUCGAGUUCGGUGAGAACGAGAGAGUGGGAACAUGGGAACAAGAUGAUUUUCAGGCGGAGACCUCAAAGAUGGAAGACGAGGAUGGCGGCGGAGAGAACACAAACACUGAUCGUGAGCCUAGUUUAAUGUUUUAUAAUCAUAGGCUUUGUGGUUGGGGCGCGAGAGCGGCCGACAAUAUGAAGCAAUAAAAAUGCGUGCAUGACAAUUUUGUGAUUCAGAAGAACGACCCCACCUCCAUCUACAACAACACGCGCACCAGAGAGCCAGUUUCCUGGACACGACGUCGUUGUCAACUAGCAGCAAGGUAAGAACAGUAACGAAAGACUAAUCCGCCGACAAAGAGCUCAUACUAACCUGUUUGCACACGCAUAGAGCAUCUUGGAUACUCGCAAACGUUCCGUCAAAGCACAGAUCUCCGAAAGUUUUCUAGUUACCGUAAUCCCCGCCGGAAAUUUGAGACUGGCAAAAACUAGCGAGAACAUGUGUCUAACGGGGACGCGACGGGCAAGACGUGGUGAUAGGCUCUCCGGGAGAGGGUGUCAUAUCAUGUAGUCCCGGCGCACUGAAACCGGACACCUUUUCGCGCCUGUGAGCAGUCGUCAGUAGAUGCUCACAAUCGGCGCGAAUAAUCACACUUUCUGUUGCCGGCAGCUCUUGCUCUGCGGGUCGGGUACACGCUGGUCGAGAUUAAUGAUAAUAGCAAAUGAGAAGAAGGUGGCGAGAGGCGGGAGGGGGGAGCGCAUCGUAAAUCUUGUUAAUAGCUGGGUCGAGAUCGGUUGCCGGGCCAGAAUGUGUUGGACAUUGGUUAUCAUUUGUUUUGGGAAGAGAUAUGGGUCCCUGCGGGACAGCGACACCUGGCGACUGACCAAGAAGUUUGAAGUGUCUGCAGAGAUCCAGAGACUAAAGGUAUUCUUCGGAAUGUGCAGAACAUGAUGUCGACAAAUUCGUACCAAAUGUUGCCGUUUUUCGUUGUCGCUAGUCAGACAUGUGUUUUCGAGCAAGAGUUAGUUUUAUAUGAGAUCUAUCCAAAAGUUGUGUCAUCGUUGAAUCGAAACCAGCAAGAUUUCCCAUUUGAAUAGCUCCUUAGAUUCCAGAGAGAAUCCAUUAUCGCAGAUCGAAUUACGAAGAGCAAAAAUAUGCUUAAUUCCCCGCUCGCUAUCCUUGGUCCUCCUGGUGGCGUGUGAAACACAAGAAGAAGAAGAAGAAGAAGAAUAAACAAGGUAUACGGUAGUGCGGUGGAUGAAUUCUUUUCAUUGGACACAUUUGUAAUGCGCCAUGAAUACACGAGUCGUCGUUUACCCCAAAACCACACGGUGACUGGUUCCCGGGCGUGCGCCGCGCCGAAAAGUACGGUACCUCGUAAUGGUCACACUGGAAACCUAACUAAUCGUUGUCCAGAGUCUUCUUCUCUUCUACUUCUUCUUGUUAUAAUAAGAAUAUUAUAAACGAAAUGGAGUGAAAUAAAAGGGGGACCAGCAGAAUGGGGAAGAGAGCAGGUUUUAAUUUCCGUUGCAUAUGUAUCUUGAUAAUUAACUGAAACAUAAUUACAAUAGUCCCUGACAUCGCCAAGGGAAUUGCAGUCGGGAAUUGACAUUUCAUGCGACACGCAUCUUUCCUUCUGAUAUUGUAUAAAUUAUCGUGUUAGACACGUCAUAAUCAUAGUCAGAAACCGGAAAGAUGAGGGAGCAUUGAAAAUCGCCUACGGGCAAGAAAUGUUCGAAAUUCUGAAGUGUUUAGUGGAUAUAUGAAAUAAGAAGAAGAAGAAGAGAGCGUUAAAGUGUCGAGUAUUAUGGGUCUUCAGAAGACACGACCUACUCGUGUCCACCACAAUUGACACCCGGGUGUUCUGUCUCAAGCAUGGGGCUGGCUCUUUUGGGGAACUAGGGUUACUGUAGCUGUAUAGACUAUCAUUUUUUAUUGUGCGAACCGUCGGUUCCAACAGGCGGCAAACGCUUAUAACCAUGAAGUGAUGAGAACUUUGCGGCAAUUCCCGCAAAACCCAAUUCACGUGUGAUACCGUCCUUUCACUGUAUUCGGUUUCUCCCGGUUUAUGACAUGCUUUUGCUCUCGGCCCGUUUUCCCGACAACGAUUGCUCUCUCGGUGGCGGCGAGAAGAUGAUUGAUGCGUACAAUGAUGCGGGAAUGUGUGGCACCGAGGCACCUCUCACUCACAACACUAACACACAUCUUGCAACUAAUCUAUCCGGGGUGUGUGUAUCAAAUCUCGCCUACGGAGCCCCCGUCAUUUUCGUCUUCGUCGGGAAUAGGUGUGUUCUCAACCACAUGUUCGUGUUUUUCCUGUGGAGGAGCAAGCACACUUGGCCUGAUUGAUCGUCGAAAAGCUGCGAGCUGAGGCUCUCUGAGCACACGAACAGUUUUCUUUUCGUCGUCAUCAGACGAGACAAAUGACACCAAUUGACGAGUUGAUAAUGUGACCGACAACACGGAAUGUGACGAUUAGAGGGGAGAGAAGUAGCUCUUGAAGCGGCGAGUCUCAAGUAGGAACCAGAUACGCGAGUUUAUAAAAUGUGUCGAAACGGGAAGUAUCACUAUAUCAUAUAUCGAGGAGGGGCUCGUCUGUCAAUCAGUGAUCCAGUUGACCUGUCGGCAUUGCGUGUCGGAUUGCAUGUGCGACUCGAUUUCUUCUAGAGGGACGACAGAUGUAAACAUAAACAACCGAUGGGCUAGUCGUCCUACCGUAUACCUCCGGCUUCUUCCACAAAAUUCACACGACGUAUGUUCAUAGCCCUGUGCUCGGCGAUGAUUUGUUGUGAUGUAUCUCCUAGUAUUCUUAGGUGGCAAUAUGAGUGACAAGAACACAUGACGCGUGGAUAUGAUGAUCCUCGUCGUCUCUUAAUUGACUUCUUGCUCAAUCCCAUCCACACAGUAUCGACUCAUUCACCGAGUCAAGUGGUGUCGCUUUGUGACCACGAGCCCCCCACUCGCUAAUAAUAUAAUGUGCUUGCCUCUUCUUCAUAAAGUGUUGAUGUGAGAAAAGGAGAAGGGGUGUUUGUAUUGGUUUUGUCAUUAACCACAAGCCAUAUGGUUACAAUGUGCGAAUAAGUGGAGCAGCUUAGUCAGAGGGAGAAAUGAAAGAAAUUUGAUAAAUGUGGCAAGACAACGACUAUGACGAUGAUGAGCUCUUCCCCGGUUACCUGCUGCACUUCAUUCAAGAGAGGACAAUUAGGAGAAGUAGCGACGAUGUAUUGGUUUUUUGAUUUACGACCUGACCACUAUAUGUGAAGCACCAACCACUGGAUGGACAUCCGAAACGAAUCCGAAACAAUUUCGGUUUUGAAUUGUCGAAUCGAAUUCGUAUUCGGAAAAGGAUUCAGAUUCAUGGCCAAUUAUAUGAAACGACAAUUACCGUAGUAGUGUCUGUGUUCGGUAUAUGUGUUUUUUUGUUGGUUGCGGCCGAAACCGAACGGAUCGAAAUGAAAAGAGUAAAUGACCAGAUGUCGGUGUGUCUUUUGACCGGUCCACACUGCUUGCGCCUAUUAUUAAGAAAUUGGUGGAACGAUCAGGAGGGAUGCGCCUUGAAAAAUGAGUGCGAAACUGUCCGGGCGGCCUUGUGAGGGACGCUGCAGCGGUUUUUGCAAAUGGAUUAACUGCGCUAUGUCGGUGAGCAUGAAGAGUUAUGGACCGAGGUCAGCGCCGCGGAGGCGACUGUGGGAAUGAACGUUGGGAUCGGCGGAACAUGGAGGGAUUUAGUUGAGAAGCAUUCAAACAAACUGAUUCACAAACAACUCAACUGUUUUUAUCCUAAUCUUUCUAUUUGGGCCACACAGCUUGAUGCAAACAGGCUAAUCUAUGCAAUGAGCAUACUGUAGGCCAGCACCGAUUUUCGGAUUUGUCAAUCUCGUUUACACCUCAUCGCGGGCCUUCUGUCGCCAUAUUCUCAACGAUUUCUAAGUUGUUGUUGACCGGCAGAAUGAUCCUAUUGAAAUGAAUCUGCCUCCAAUUCGACGACGUCUUCCCCUCCUUCUCACACACAAUUCUUCUCUCAAGAGUGACUAGUAUAGGCUGCUUUUCGCAAAGAAGUCUUCUUCAACUACUACCACCGCCUAAAAUAUGUAAAUCUUCCCACGAUCCUUCACAACUCGUGUCGGAGCGAGAAGAGGAAACGGGAUAUCGUCUCCGUGCGCUAUUCUUCUCCUCGGGAAUUUGUGACCAGAUUAGACGUCGUCGCGGAUUCAGAUGAAGAGGAGUCACAACAGGGGGCCAUUCUCCAGUCCACUUUCAAUCGGUUUCGUUUCUCACCAGAUGUAAUCUUCGGGGGACCGUUGGCCGCGGUUUCGUGCGUUUGAGGUGUCACAACAGAUUAGAUGAUUCCCGUCUUCGGAAGGCGAGCAGAUUGAGGUUUCUGUCUUAAUUGUUAUGGUCGUUUGUGUGCGGCGCUUCCGAUACAUGAAAGGCGACCACUAUUGACUGUUUGUGUCGGGGGCCGAUUUGAGCAGGAAACGGUAGAGAGCGAUAAGCGGAUCGACGGACAGAGCAACUGCCAGACGGAAACAUCGACGACUAAUUUGGAGAAAAAGGGAUCUCGGAAAUAACCGAAUUCAACCUCAGAAGCACACGAAUUCGACGUUGACCUUCGAGAUGCAAAUCAUCAGAAGUGCCUAUGUUUUGAUAGUAGCAUCAUCAUAAUAACAUCAUCACAGAUUGAUGACGUCAUAAACCGGUAAACAGAAUUUACUAAUCUCUCAAGUUCCCGGAUAACAAAACCAAUUGCGCAAUAAAUAAGGUACUCUUCUCCGGCUAAUCUUGAUCACAUUCGCUCAUCAACUACAGUAUCCUCCGAGAGACCAACAAAGUAUCCAAACUGUACUAUCGCGCGGGGGGACUUUCGGCUUCUCGAGUUGUGUUGAAUUUGACACGCCAGAAGCGCUGCUAAUAUUGACUUUGAUAUAAAUCAUUUAGGUGCGUAGUCUCUGUGUGUGAUAAGUGUUAAGAGAUGCCCAAUCAAAUCACAAGUGAGUAGAGCAAAUACUGCUCUUCCUUUGAUUCGAUUCGUCGGAAUCGAGAGAAAAAGAGCAGUCGGUGGGCUCCUGGUGCACCCGUGUUUGUGAUUGAUUAACUCGGUCGGAUGACUUCAAGGGAUCGAAUUGCAGUAAAGAUUGAUUAAGACGGCAAACACAUUCCAGGGGUACCGUACGCAGGACAGUAAUUGGCAGUUGCUUUUACGUGCCGGCGGCAUACUGUAGAACUAUUUAGUGUGCGUGUCGCGCCGCCCGCCGGCGCAAAAAGUUGUCGAACAAGAUGCGAUGAUUCGACGGUUGGUUUUCACGCCUGUCGUCGGAAAAUGACAAGUGCGCGAAACACGGAUUACGGUAGUCGGCGGGAAAGUUGGGGAAAGAAAAAAGGAUGACAUGAGAGGGGUUGACAGAGUGUACUCGGCCAUCCAGUUUUUGUUUCUCUGAGUGAAUUACAGUUGUCGGAGUGCGGCGAACAUGCGUCCAACCAGGGAGGCCGAUAAUAAUAGGAAAGGGGGAACGACUAAUGCAUCUGCGAAUUUAUCUGGUCUUGUUGAUUUUGGGGAUGUGGCGACGACAGAAUCAAACGUUAUUGCUCUAAUUUCAGAGAAGUCUCCACUCGUCCCGUCUGACCCUUUCCGAUUCGAAAGAGUUCUUCAAAACAGUCGGUUCUCGAUGGAUCCGAGCAGUCAGACAUGGCGAUGCAAAUACAGUCAAAAAGAUGUUGGAGGAAAAGGUUUUCCCUGCGUUUCUUUCUCAAUUACACCCCUACAACUUUAUUUAUUUUCAGCCGGAACUGGUCCACUACGCUCCGAUUUACGGACCUCUGGCACUUCACAUGGCGACCGCGCGUGCCGAUCGAUCGAUCAUCGUGCUGUUGGUGGCGAAAGGUGCGGACGUGGAUGCGAGGGACGCGGUGAGCUCUUUCGCAGAUGUUCCUUUAGUCGACGGCUUCUUCAGGUCGGCUACACGAGCCUUCAGCUAGCUAUUCGGCGGGGCAAUCAACCGUUGGCCCAUUUUCUGAUCUCGCAAGGUGAGAGAUAUUGCUAACAUCUGUUUUCGAUGCCAUUCCCAUCGCCUACGAUCAUUUUGUGGUUGCCAGGUAGGUGGGUGUGUAGAGAGGAUUACGGUAGCUCUUGCUCUUCACCGCCGUCGGAUCCUGCUCCGAUCACACUCAACACCGACUCGAUACGAUGUUUAUCAUAGCACUUAACAAGUGAGAGAAUCGUCGCUUCUUCCUACGGGCGGCCCGCACUCCUCUUUAAAGAUUACGGUAGUUUUGGAUUGGUGUGAAUCGUGUCUGCCGUCUCGGCUAUCAGAAUGCUCUCUGUUCGGAGGGGCACACCGACUUGAUUACACAGAUUAACAGAAAGGAAGAAGAGCGCGCGCGGAUGCACAAGGAGUUCGCCAGAGGGCCCCCGGUUUAUUUGUCUGAUUAACUGUGAUCAAGUGCUGAUUAUCGCGCCGUCGCAGAAGCAAAUGCACUUGAGAAGUUGUAUUGCACGGGUGUGAAAACGAACGAGAAGUGGGAGAUGAUACGAUUGGGGGACAGGAAGUUAAUAGGAUCACUGAGGGACCGACCGAAAGUAAGUGUUAAAUAAAAAUAGUUCUAAGAGAGAGAAAACAAAAGGAGAUUUAAAUCUUGAUAGAAUUCUCAAUUCGGUAGUGUGCAUUGAGAAGCUGUAUUACUCUCUGGAAGCACUUAGUAAGUUCGAAAGGUAAUAACUUUCCAAGGCACUUUCCCAAAUAAGAAUAGAAACCACUCUUGAACAAUCGCAUUAAACGACUUCCCUCUCUUUGAAUAAAAUUGAAAGAAACGCGAGAAAAGCCGGAUGAAGAAGUGAGAAAGCUGAGCAGCUCCAGAGGCGGACCGCAGAGGUUCUUCUCUUUUUUCCAUUCGACACCAUGCCGAUAGAUUAUGUGUGAAAUGGCUUGUGGAUCCGAGCGGCCGCACCACUCACCCACCUAUCCAUCUCAUCCGUCGGUCUCCGUCAGUGCAUUAUAAAUGGCGAAGGCACGCUCGGAUGCCGUCUCACAAUGCAAAUCGUCACCUUUCCGAGACACACACACACACUGUAAUCGACUAAUUGGACAGAAAGAAGAAAUAUGACAGACUUCUUCUCACACCACCUUUUCCUCCUUCAGAUUUUGCCAAUUUCCGGCUGUUCGGUGUCUGUUUCAAAUUGGAUCUGUUCUACGCGGGCGAGCACAUAAAAGGGAUCGAGAGCAUCUGUCGCACUGCAGCCGGUUGGGUAACAAUACGGCCUUCCGCCACCUCAUCCAUCACGUUUUUCUCGCUUUUCGAUGGCAACGACUAUUAUCGUUUGUUGACGUCUCAUUAACGCCUUGCUUCCAAAGAAACACGGGCCUCCCGAGGGGUUUACUUGUCACCGGAAAACUGAGAGUCUAGGGAGAAUCAGCUACUAGUUUCGCUGACCUUUUGGCAGGCAGCAGUUGCGUAGAGUGUAUCACAAGGACUGUCACGUCAAUUGAUAUGCAAAUGAGUAACAGUUAUCGUAAACGCUUGCGCAAUUCCAUUUCCCCUAUCUAUUCCGUCACCUGACACACUCUUAUUUUCAGGAGCAAACCUCGAGCUCAUCGACCCGGAAGGCCUCUACAUCACCGAGUACGACGAGUGGAGUGAUCAAGAUCAGACAGCCGCCGAACAAUUCGUCUAUGGUACUGUCGGUUCUAUUUCUGGCAUGUUUGCCUGCCUUUCAAAAAGAGGUUUUCAACACAAGUACUACAGUACACCUAGGGGCAAAGGUGAUGGUGGUGCUCGCCGCGUAUUUACAGCUGUCAAAAGAGUUGGCAGCUCGCUCGGCUUUCCUGUCCUCUGCAUUUACAUUUUAAACACCACGUUAAAUGUUUGUCUCUGUCCCCGAAUGUAUGUUUGGUGUCAGUGUGGGUAGGAUCGAGAUUUUGAUCGGAACUUAUCAGGCGCUCCUGCUGCUCUCUCUCUCCUUCUCGAUUUGUGUGUGUGUGUGUGUGUGUGUGAAUUCGAAUGUAUACACAGGCGUUGACAGGUGUAGGUGCUCUGAUAUCUGCGUGUUUGUUGGCCCGACUUGCACCUACUGAUUGUAGGCUGACUUUGGAUAGAAAAAGGGGUUGAGGGAUCGGGCAGGGACCUAGUGAGCAGCUAAACACAUAGAAGUACAUUGUUUUGACAAUAAUACCAAUUUACAUACAUUUGCAUAUAAGGAAACUAGAAAAACAUAGUUGAAAUUACGAUUUUUCAGGGAAACCUCUUCUCCGCCCGAAGUCCCACUCGUUCGUCGGCUCUCCGUCAUCUGCAUCCCUGAAGAGCUCCAACUCGAUCCGUCCAGUCCGCCCGUCUUCCACGCCCGACAACUCGAUUUGCUCUGAAAAGGACGAUCCGAAUCUGAAACGAGAAGGAACGCGCCGAUCGUGGAAAUCGUUCUUCGAGAAGAAUCCGAUCGUGAAGAAGUUUGGGUCCAACUCGAAACUGUGA